AUGGGCGGCAGCAAACGGUUUGUCAUGAACCCCUUUCCGUCCAUGGACCUCUCGUCAGGUGACAAACUGCAUCUGAAAAUGACGGCCACUGCCUUCCUUGUGGAAGCCAUGCACGCGUACGAGACGUACUUGAAAGUCGACGAGCGCCGUGUUGACGAGAGUCGAUGGAGACUCCUCAAGACACGGGAAAACCUAAAGCUGUACCUGGAAAGGGAGGUGCUCACGACAACGGGAGGCAAUCGCUCCAUGAUGAACGAAGCUUCGGAACAAGCGGGGACCCCCGUGUCCUUGUGCGUUGGCACGAUGCAGGGCAACCUGGACGACGUCGUCUUUGGCACGGUAAGCACGACGUCGGAGGACAUGUGCCAUAAUUCCACGUACGUGGACGACCUCACGGGUGCUGCGAUUCUCGCGACAGUCUUAGAACCAACUACGGAAGAGCCACUACAGACGCUUGCGCUCAAGUGGCAGGAGCUCAAUUUGCCCAUGCACUCGAGCAAGCGCGACUUUGUCUUUAUGGAAGGAACGGGCUUUACGCACCUUGCGAAUGGCGAGCGGGUCGGGUAUCGCUUAAUGUACUCGAUUGGGUUCCCGCAGACACCCGAGCUGCCAGACCGCGUCCGAGCGACGGUCAAUGUCUUUUUCCUCUACCGUCAAAAGCACGACAAGUGCGUCGAGAUGUUUGCGUCUGGCGUCGUGGCCAACGGCUCGAGCGUCGAGGCGUUCUUGGUCACGCCUUCGGCGAUGAAGUUCUUUACGUGUCUCAAGUUUGCCCACUGUGGCGAGAUGAAGAAACUCACGUGGCUCAUGCAAUAUCGCUACACGUUCAACAAGCAGCAAGACACGGCGUAUGUUGACGAAGGCGAGUGCGUCAACUGCAGCAUCCCCAUUAGCUCGCGGCUCUUUGGCAAGUUCGGUCGCUCGCGCGACUCGUGCAAACUCUGCCAUCGACUGGUUUGCGGCACGUGUUGCGUCAAGAAGCGGCUGAAUUGCGUGACGCUUGCAAUGACGUUUGAAGAGCGCAAGACAGCGUUCUGUCCGUCGUGCAUUAAAGAAGCCUUUGAACUUGAUCCAGCCGAGGCUGCUCGGGCUCAAGUUGCGGGCAACAACCUGCACACGCUGCGUAACUUUGCAGUCCACUCGGCCACGGACUAUUCGUUUGCGCGCUCGUCCAACUCGGAGCGCACAGUGUAG